GGCCGGGCAGAGCCGCUCGCCAGCGUGCGACCCCGGAGCGAGAGCCCGCAGACCUUCGCAGCCGCCGGCAGCCACACGCAGCCCAUCACCCUCCACCAUGGUGCACUGGACAGCUGAGGAGAAGCAGCUCAUCACCGGCCUCUGGGGCAAGGUCAACGUGGCCGACUGCGGCGCCGAGGCCCUGGCCAGGCUGCUGAUCGUCUACCCCUGGACCCAGAGGUUCUUUGCUUCCUUUGGGAACCUCUCCAGUGCCACCGCUAUCUCUGGCAACCCCAUGGUCCGUGCCCAUGGCAAGAAGGUGCUCACCUCCUUCGGGGAAGCCGUGAAGAACCUGGACAGCAUCAAGUCAACCUUCGCCCAGCUGUCCGAGCUGCACUGCGACAAGCUGCACGUGGACCCCGAGAACUUCAGGCUCCUGGGUGACAUCCUGAUCAUCGUCCUGGCCUCCCACUUCGCCAAGGAUUUCACUCCUGAAGCCCAGGCUGCCUGGCAGAAGCUGGUCCGUGCCGUGGCCCACGCCCUGGCCCGCAAGUACCACUAAAUGCAGCAGGAAAGCCCCGGCAGCGUGUCGUGCCCCGUCGUGACAUGCCCUGUCGUGACAUGCCCUGUGGCGACACGCUGACCCGCAGCCGACAGCUUCUAACAGCCAAAUAAAGCUCAUCCUGUGAAGCCUC